AUGACUAAACAUCCUUCCAGCGUUAGACUGAAUGCUGAAAAGAGGGAUGAGACUCUCGCCUUGUCCGCGACAUCCUUGCAACAAACCGCAGCAGAAAAAGAAGCGAUAAAAUCUGAACGAGUAAAAACGGAGGCGAAGCUUGAAGGUAGAAGUCCUGAUACCUUUGCUAAAACUUACAAUGAGCGUGAAGACAAGUCCACUGGUUCUGGCCUUGUUAUUAGUGCAAGAAAGAAUGAAAAUAGAUUAUCAAAAGAAUCUGGUAAAGGUUCAAGUUCACUAGACGAAAGAUACAUUGACGAAGACAUGGAAUUAUGUGUUUCUGAUUCCGGGAAUUCCAUUUCUCCCCGUGGAAGUCAACUUUUGGAUGAUUUAGAUGAUACAAUGAUUAAAAUAACGAAUGAUAGAGAUAAAAAAUAUUUAGGAAGGAUCGCCGAAGAGGACGAGGUUAGACCAUCGAAUUUUAAAUCAGGAUAUAUAAUACAUGAUGCGGUGAAAAUUCAGAGUAGGGUGAACGAACUUCGGAAUUCAGAUUUUGAUUCCACGUCUUUCGUUUCGUCGACGACAGAGACAGAGAUCAGUACAUUUAAUGAUACCGAAUCAUCAACAUCCGGUGGUACCAACGAACCCGAAUCUCCUUUAAAUUUAUCAAUUCCCAAUUCCAAAGAGAUUCAAAGGAGAAAGAAUUCUUUCGGGCGCACCACCUUGGGGCGCAACAACUCCGGACGUAGCAAUCCAGGGCGUUCUAUAUUUUCCGUUCUCUCAAAUUCCUCUUUACGUUCGUCGACAUCAAUAUCACCAAAGAAUUCGACCCGAGGAUCUCUGUCGGAACCCGAAACCGAAUACCCUCCUACAUCACCGUCGAAAGCAGAUAAGAUUUUGGGACGCACGAAAUUAUCUUCACUUUCGCUGAGAAAGAAUCGUUCGAAAUCAACAACCAUUUCCGAUGAGAGAUCGUUACUUUCUUUAUAUUUAGGCUAUGAUCCUGGAUUAAGUUCACCGGAGAGUGGUGAAAAACCUUCAAAAGUUGGCAAGAUUCUUGGCCUAACUGCUGUAGAGGAGAAAAUAUUAUUAGAUAAACCUCCGACCGGUAAAAUCAAGAGACCGCGUGGGACCUCCGGAUUUCAAGUUGUCUCAAAUAGUGGUACAGGUGAGAAUGGCUUCGAACUUUCUGGGAUACCACUCUCUCCCGACGAAAGGUCAAGAAUAAUGAAGGCGGGAAAGAUAUUGGGAUGGGAUGAAGUUAAUUCAAAACCUAGGAUCAGUGGCUCAACCCCCGUUUCGAGCUUUAACAAUAGUUUAGUGCACAAGGGUUAUAUGGCAAAAUACAAGAAUGCAAAAUUCCUGUCAAAAUCCUGGAAAAGGAGAUACUUUAUCCUCACCGAGAACACUUUGUACUGUUUCAAGUCGCACGAAUCAUUAGCAUCUCCAAUAGACAAUUUUGAAUUGACAUCAGAAACAGCUGUAUAUGUUAGUGAUUCUUUCACUGGAAGGGACUGGGUACUGGAAGUUAAUAAAGGACAGAAACCUUGGUAUCUGCAGGCUGAUAAUGUCGGUGAUAUGAAAAAGUGGAUGAUAGAAUUAAAACGUGUCAUAAAAAGUUGUUGCAAAGAAAAUAGCGAAGAAUUAUCAGGCGCAUCAGUUGAUCCCAUCAAGGAGACAAUUGAAGACGAUUCCACCAUAUCGACAAAAACAAGGAUAUCACCUGUACAAUCUAUCGCGGAGACCGAUCUAAUGGAUGGCGUCGAUGUUACCAUAGAUCAGGUAUCACUGCCACCACCGCCGAGGCCGUCGAUGGUAACGUCAUUACCACCCCCACCGAGACCAAGAUCGGCGCAAAAUUCGUCGUACCCUUCAUCACCUCAAUUAUAUGAUGUCAACGAGUUCAUCGGUCCGCUGGAAUUAGAACCACCCCUACGCCCGUCCUCACCGGUCGAAACGUUGUCACCGCCGAGAACACGGUACGGGCAAAAUAUGUUGACACUACAUUACGAAAGACCUGCCCAUAUGAGACAACAAUCAGGUUCGAUUAGUUCGGUCAACACCUUUAUGGAAUCUCGUCGGUCGCCUCCAUCUUCACCCGAAUCUCAAAGAUCGAACAGACCAGCGUCUUCCACUAUUCGACAGAGUAUACCAAUAAUAAUGCCUUCUUGGAUCUCAUCCCCAAAUUCGACGCCCAGUUUAUCUUCACCUGUUUCAACAUCAUUGGUGCCACCACCACGUUCCCCCCCUCGUCCACCGCCUCGAAUUCGCUCAUCCAUCGCGCGAUCUGGACAACGCACCAUCUCUCCUCCUCCCCUUCGCGUCGCUUCUCUCGUAUCUGACUCACGACUCAGUAGCAUUGGUCCUCCGCCAAGUAUCCCUCUGCCGCUGCCCCCUCCCAGGCCGAUAACCAUCACCCCAUCACACAACAGACAACCUAUUCCACCUCCUCGGGUUUCACAGACUCAUAAUGACUCUUUACGCGAUAAGACAUUGAGGACGCAAAGCGUUGCACCACGAGUGUCUCUUUCGCCAAAUUCGAAGGUUUCUCUUCGUCCGAAGUCCCCCCCACCUCGCUUUUCAUCGGUCACGUAUUCACCCUUACCACCUCCAUCACGGCCGCCAAAUCUUCCAUUACCCCCAGUACCAGAAUCACCGCCCGUCAGAAAGGAUGGAUACAUAAUAACAAACCCGAAAUCGAAGGUCACCUUGAUGCCACCCAGCGAAUCGGUUGAAUUUCCUGACGACGACGAUCUCGAUCCGGACUAUGCCGACGAGGUAGAGGCGUCUCGUCGGAGAUCACAGAAAACGGAGGGAAGCGUUUCUAGCUCUGACACCACAUUUUUUUCCAUAUCCGACGUCAGCAAUGAUGUUGGAGAUGAUGUUACUCAGUUGCCUGCAUCCGGGUUGACGUUUGUGAUGGUCGAAGAGACUCUUGGUGACGGAGAGCUGGUGUUAGAUCUUCAGUAUGUGCAAAAUGGUAAAGGGAAUAAUCGCUUCGUCAACGAGAAAUUUGAAGACGACGAACCUAUAACCAACAGCGAUUAUGGUACGAUAAUGCCUGUGGAUAUGACCUGA